GCCGGUCAGGGCGAGGAGGAGGCCGCAGCUGGAUCGGAGGCCGGGCCGGCUGUUUGUUGUCAUCCCAAGAUGGAGUUUCUGCUGGGGAAUCCGUUCAGCACCCCGGUGGGGCAGAGCCUGGAAAAGGCGACUGAUGGCUCCUUGCAGAGUGAGGAUUGGACACUUAACAUGGAGAUCUGCGACAUUAUCAACGAGACAGAAGAAGGUCCAAAGGAUGCUAUCCGAGCACUGAAGAAGAGGCUGAAUGGAAACAAAAAUUACAGAGAGGUGAUGCUGGCUCUAACGGUAUUGGAGACCUGCGUGAAAAACUGUGGUCAUCGCUUCCAUGUCCUAGUGGCAAACCGAGACUUCAUAGAUGGUGUUCUGGUGAAAAUCAUCUCACCCAAGAACAAUCCUCCCACCAUUGUACAGGAUAAAGUACUAGCCCUGAUUCAGGCUUGGGCAGAUGCAUUUCGAAGUAGCCCUGAUCUAACUGGAGUAGUGCAUAUUUAUGAAGAACUCAAAAGGAAAGGGAUAGAGUUUCCUAUGGCAGAUCUUGAUGCUUUGUCUCCAAUACACACACCACAGAGGAGUGUUCCUGAAGUAGAUCCAGCAGCAAAUAUGCAUGUGUCCCAGUCCCAGCAAAAGACGAGCACGAGUUCCUAUUCAUCCCCAUCUCCAACAACAUAUUCAGCUCCUCAGGCCCCACCUCUGAAUGUGACUGGUCCCAUCACUGCCAAUUCUGAACAGAUUGCCCGGCUGCGUAGUGAACUGGAUAUUGUUCGUGGGAACACAAACGUGAUGUCUGAAAUGUUAACAGAAAUGGUUCCUGGACAGGAGGAUUCAUCGGAUCUUGAGUUGCUACAGGAACUGAACCGAACCUGUAGAGCUAUGCAACAGAGAAUUGUGGAACUUAUCUCCCGAGUGUCCAAUGAAGAAGUCACGGAGGAACUGCUGCAUGUGAAUGAUGAUUUAAAUAACGUCUUCCUCAGAUAUGAGAGGUUUGAACGGUACCGAUCAGGCCGUUCGGCACAAAGCGCCAGUAAUGGAGUGCUGAGUGAAGUGACGGAGGAUAAUUUAAUAGAUCUGGGCCCUGGUUCCCCAGCUGUCGUGAGCCCAAUGGUGGGGAGCACAGCACCUCCAACUUCACUUUCCUCGCAACUUGCAGGGCUUGACUUGGGCACAAACAGUGUCAGUGGAACACUCAGCUCCCUUCAGCACUGUAACCCUCGAGACGACUUUGACAUGUUUGCACAGACAAGAGGCAGUUCCUUGGCUGAUCAGCGGAAGAGCGUGACGUAUGAGGAUCCGCAGGCUGUCAAAGGACUGGCAUCUGCUCUGGACGUUCGAAAACAGAACACAGGAGGGAGGAGAGGUAAAGGUGGGAGCUCAGACAUGGAGCCCAUAGACAAGUGGCUAAUUACGCAAGGAAUGAUCCCCGUUGCACAGUCCUCUGUCAUGGAUGACAUUGAGGAGUGGCUCAGUACCGACUUGAAAGGAGAAGAACUGGAAGAAGGCGUGACAAGUGAAGAGUUCGACAAAUUUUUAGAAGAACGAGCCAAAGCUGCUGAGACACUCCCAAAUUUACCUUCUCCUCCGCUGGAGGCCCCCACUCCUCCUACGAAUCCUUCAGGCAGGAAGAAGCAGGAACGCUCAGAGGAUGCCCUCUUCGCACUGUAAAGAUCGCUCUUGGCUACCUUCUCCGUGCUCUGCAGAAGAAUGUCUCUGUACAGCCACAUUGUCCUUUCACAGUUCUUGGCUAACCAUGACCCCCUUGCCAUCCUGGUUUCAUCAACUGCUUCUCUUGCUUAUCUCUAAAACACUCUCUCCCCUCCCCACCCCCCAGCUGACUUUUGUAUUAAAGGCCAGCUCUGCUCCUACCAGUCCACAGUUCUCCAGCACUAGCUUAACCUCCCCCCACCCCCAUUCCCAUCCAAGCUGCAUAAGAGCAGCUCUUAAUGCCGAAAACUCCUUUAAAAACGCAUGAGUAUUUCUUUACCUUGUUGAUCUGAAAGUGUAGUGAGAGCGGCCUUGCCUUUGAUUUACAUAGGGACCAUCCCCUUCUGCUGGUAGGUGCUUCCGAAUAGGCUGGUCUGAGUGUCAAUCUGCAUGUAAUUGCCUGAAAUGGAAUGGAGAUGUAUUUUAAUUUUAGAUACAGAUGUCAAGGUAUCCGCUUCUAAUAGGUUUAGACAGCAAAGAACAACAGCUUUUCCCUUUCAACAUGUACUUCACAAGUUAAAAUUCUCCUCCUCCCCUCCCCCCAUCCCCUAGUACCACAUGGCAGUUGCUGUUCUCUACUCUGUGGUGCUUCCAGUGUGUAGUCUCAUGGGAUUUUUUUUCUCUGAGUUGACCUAAGCUUGCUCUGAUUUGAAAGCAAUUUGUUAGUUUUGUCCAGCAGUGCCGUGAAUAGGAGAAUGCUGGGAUAAAUGGCUAUUGUAACACUAGAGAUCAUAUGAAGUAUUUCACUCACUGAGGGAGCUUUUCCCCUAUAGUGUUUUGUCUAGAAUGUGUGCCUUUUUAAACCGGUUACAUUUCUCCCUAGCUUGAGAAUACUUCUCCAGUCAUUAGCUCUGAUGCUAAGCAGGCUCUGCCUUCAUCUCCUCAACUGUUUGAAUGACAUCCAUGCGAAUGGAUGGGACUGAAAAACGUAAUGGGUGAGACUGGCCACACUGGAGGGGCAUGUUUGCUGAAUGUCCCUGGUAUGCCCUCUAGCACUGGAGGGGUAAAAACAGAAAUGUUGUUAAGAGGUAGGUCAUCAGAAAAAGGGGCCAGAGCUGUGAUUGCUUGUAGGAGACUUCCUAGGCAAAUGGAUACGGGGGGAAAGAUUUUAACCGGCACUUAGGCUGUGGAGAUGCAGCUCUUUAUUUUCCUGCUGGAAGGUUUGGGCUCAAACACUGGCUGGCUGCGGUCGUAUUGUAUGUCAUGUGAAAUAGAUGUGGAGUGCCCUUUGCAGUCUCUGCCUCCUUACAACCACCUAGUGCUAAGAGGCGACUGCCCCCACCCCUUUUGCCUGUAUGCUUGGAUUCUGUUCCCUUUGCUUGUCAGAGGAAUAAACUAACAAUGCUGUCCUCCUGAAGCACUGGCAGCCCAGGGACCGGCAUUUCCAGUAUAGUCCUAAGCUGCUCUCCCUCACGCCCGCCCCCUCUCUCAUACCCUGGACAGAUUCCCGUGUAGCAAGCCAGUGGAGCAAGAUGGAACAAUAGAGGUGAGAGUCCAUACACUUCACAGCCGAGGUAACAGAAGUGCUGUUUCUAGAACGCUGUUUCUCCCAACUCACUAGUCGUCGUUCCUGAGGGCAUGAGAAUUUUUAGGCGGUGAACUGCUUCAUUUUGAUUCCGCAUGGCAUGACUUCCCUGCGUACUGCUAUGUGAGCACCACUUUCACCAGCUUUAGACCAAUAAAACUUCUCUCCCCUGUGCCAGCUCCCUGAACGUUUAUCUGAAUUGGUUUUCUUCUGGUCAGUCUCCAUUAGCCUGCAUGUGUAGGGUACUUCAGGGUUUGGCUAGGCCGUGAUAUAGCGUGGUCCGUCCCCUAAUGGCCCACUGCAGCGUGUUAGUCUUAGAGAGACAACCCCGAAGCAGAAUUGUCCAUGUUGACUCUAAACAAAUGUAGCUUGCCACUAGGGGCAGACCUCGGGACCUUAGAGCAUCAGUUAUAGAGGGGAGGGGGAAGUGCCAUCUCAGCCUGCGUUUGUUAGGAUCUCUGAAACAGGCCAGCUGGGGACGGGGCUGUUCAACAGUGAGUCUUGGAAGAGGAGCAAAGCAGGAAGUUGCAAGAGAAUUGUUGGGGGGGGCGGGUGAGGGGAUUGAGAGCGGGGUUGUCAGUGAUGGCAGCUGAAGGAAUGUGACUUGUAAGUCUUGUUGGAUAGAAGGCCAGGCAACAUGUGAUUGGUGAAUAGGCUGCCGAGAAGGACUAUACCAGCUUGCUCAAAGACUUUGGGGGAGUGUGCGGUAUGAUCUCCAGUCAUCCAAACAUGCGUGGUUUCCUGCCCUUUCAUUCUCCAGCUGCCGCCUCGGCCCUCCCUUGCCCCAGGCAGCCCUCUCUUCCACUCCCCCUUUUUCUCUCUGCCCCUCUCCUUCCAUUGCUUCACUCACCCUUGGUUCAUUCCUCUUCGUUUAGGGGCUGAGAUUGUCCUUCCAAACCCCUGCACUGGUCUAAUGUUCCUUCCCUGCUUGGAUGUGCCUGUUCUCAGCCAGCCCUGUGCUGUGGAGAAUGUACUGCCUGCCUGCGAGUGGAUUCAAAGCUGGUGCCAGGACAUGGAGAUGGCUUGAUUGAAGCAGGGGGAAUGAAACCACCCUUUGCCUCUUCUCUGCCACCCCACCCCCAGCUUAAAUUCUGUGGCCUGGGGGCAGCUGUGAGGGCUAGAUGUGCUGUGCUCAGGUAGAAAUCUGGGUCUUAUACAGAACUUGAGUUACCUGAGGAGGGGAGGACCAAUGGGAUGGGAUCACUGUGGGGCUUGGAGACAAGCUUGGCAUCAUGUGAUAUUGCCAUUGGAGAUCUCCUGUGGAGUCCUCUUCCCCUAGAGAAAGACAGGUAAUCUGCCUGUAGUUGUCCCUGACCUGCAGGGAAAGAAGGGGUUAAACCCCCUCUCCUCUCUACCAUGCAUAAACUAGAGUUGCUUCCUGGGAAAGAGACUGGUCCCUUGGGCAAGAUCUUGUAGAGCUGCUACUUGGCUGACUGCAGUCUCUGAUAGGGGAAAAAAUAAAAUGGAACGAAACCAGUGAGGCUGAGUGGAAAUAUGCUGCUGGUUGCUGAUUUUCAAAGGGUCUCUGAGCUGUGCUUCUAACCUUACGAACCUCAGUCUCUGUGCAUUCCCCUUUACCAUCUGGUAUGAUCAGGGAGGCAGACAUGACAUUGGUUUCAAAGGGUAGCAGGUAUUGUAAGCGAACGUCCGUUAGCUAAUGGAGCGGGCUAGACAUUAGCUAGGAAAACACCCCACCUUGGGAGAAAUGAGCGCACAUGCUAGAGGAGAUUGCGGCUAGUGAGUUCCGUUAACUUGUCGUCAUGCUCAGUCUUGCUUCUGGUCGGACCUUUGAUAGAUUAUUUAUUUAAGAACCACCAGUUCUCUUGUGCACAUUCACCCCCCACCCCCUAAGGAGCCCUGCUAUCCAGGCAGGUCAGAUCUGGAGCCUAAAACACUGGGGCCCAGCUCAGCGUGCUGAGCACUCAUGAGGGCUGUAGAAGUCAAAAGGAGCUGCGAGAGCCCAGAACGUUAGCCCGUGGCCUCCGUUGUAAACGUCGGAGCUACUGCUGGAGUUUUCUACUGUCCUGCAACAGGAUCUCCCAUCUUCUCCGCUCUGUUCCUUAUGAUUUGCAAGAAUGGGAGCAGUUGAAUCACUUUGAGGAAAGGAAUGGCUUGUUCCAUUUGUCCUUGGAAGAUGGUUACCUCAAUUACUCUUCCACCCCUUUAUUGUAAAUGCUUCCUCUACACGAGUGAGGAGAGAACUGAGACAGCUCUGGUAUUCGUGGGUGAAGGGGAAGGAUGUGUCAGAGGAGAGCAACAUGGCUCAGCAGAAAGCCUUUCUCAUCGUGCUUAAAUAUCACCGCUACAUACUCAGUGACACUAAAUUAACGUUGGGAUCCGCUGCAAGUUCUAAUGAUACUUUAUUCUAGGUUCUAGUAUUUAUUUUGUCAAGAUAUGCUUUCCAAUGUGUUUAACAUCUUCUGUCAACUUCUUGUGUGCUGGGAUGUAAAAAAUGAAUUUUCUAUUGAAAUAUACCUCUUUUGGGUUUUGGUUUUAAAUGUUGUGUGUAGAUUUCAGGUGCAUCUUGGCGAGUGUAAUAGAUAACAAUGUGCUGUACAGACUUUUGGGAUAUUUAACACGUAUGCAAGGUUCAAGGGAGAAAAAGAGCUCAUAAAAACUUAGCGUGGCCUCUCUUAAAGGGCAGAGCAUAUGUAUGCUAAGUGGUCCGAGUUGGACCAUCAUGUAGCCUCCAAUGUCCCUUUCUCCUGCCAACUUUACUAACCCUGUCCCCCAAAUUACAUUGACCAAAUCAGCUCGGGUACCAGCAUUUCAGGUUUGUUUUUACACUUCCAGGCAGAGGGAGAUUUUAAGGAAUGAAACUAGCUGUUUCCACCUUAAAUGGAGGCCUUUACCCAGCCAGACCCAGUGAAGAGACUUGGUUUCCUCCAGUGGUGUAGCCGUAGAUCUAUACUGGGGCUUCCAAAUGCCCAGAGGGAGUUAAUUACCCAACUUCGCUUGGAUUUUAAUGGGAGUUGUGCACCUCCUCGACUCCUUUGAAAGCCCCAGACAAUGUGACCUGUAUCUGCUGCUUCCCAUUCGCUACUCUUCCGUUUCCAUCAGUUAGGAUGGUACAUAUGGUGGUGGAAGAUGGGAGCAGAUUUGCUCUCAUACCAUUUUCUGUCCUUUUUUUUUUUUUUUUUUUUUGGCCUUGUAAAUUCUAGGGCCUCCUGUGUUGCUGGGAUGUGCUGUGGGGCAGGGUGACGCUGGUUGGCUCCGUCCCUGGGCUGAGCUGAUCGAGCUUGGUCUGUAUUUGUGUACCUCCUCAGUACCAACCCCAAGGCUUGAGGAGGCUGCCCUGGGGGGAAAAACAAAACUCAGGACAGUUUUUUUCAUGGAAAUAAUGAAGAAGCAAUUGGUGGGUAAAUCAUAUUCUACUUGCAGGUAACCCUUCAACUGCCAUAGGCAUCCUGUUGGCAUCUUCCCACUGCCUUUGUCUGACUGGCCCAGUAGAAGAACGCUGGCAGAAAACCCCUUCCUGCAUGCAUUUAUGAGCACUCCGGUGCUGCUACCAUCCACUUAAUAACCCUCUCCUGUCCCUUUCUAACUGACCCCUGUAGAAUCAGUUUGCCCCCGUGUUCACCAUUCACAACUUCCCACACAUAGCGGGUUGUCCAGAUCACAACAUGCCCUUUGAUAUGGGACUUAAAAACCUUUCCACUCUCAUCCCUGCCUCACACAAGCAGCUGCAGCAAUUGCCCUAUCCAUCUGGGCUAAGUGCAAGGCUCCGUUUGACUGCGAGCUGGCUUUGGUCCCAACUGGUGAUUUACCCACCCAUUGCUCCCUCCUUCUGUCUCCACCUAGUCAGUGGCAAGCAUAUGCCAAAUGCACCCCUCCUCCCCUGCUCUUUGUUUUUAUAAGUGUGAGUUCUUCCUCAUUCUGUAAUGUUGUUAUGAGCUACCAUUAACACUACAAAUGUAACCUGUGUAAUAGCAUCUCUCUGUAUAUUAAAGCUGUAGGCUUUCCAGAUAAAAGUGGAUAAUAUUUAUUUACUGAAGAUAUUGGGUAUUUUUUUGUUUGGGGGAGGGGGUAGGGAAAGGGGACUUAACUGUUUAAAAAUAUUGACUAUGUAAAAACAGAAGAAACACACACUAAAUGUGUUGCUGUCUUUCUGUAGAAAGCCAGUGCGUUUAUGUAAGGAUGAUCCAAGUGUAUUAAUCUACUACCAUCAAUUAACUUACAGAAAUCAUCUCUCUAGUUUGGCUCUUGCAUGUGCAAUACUCCAAUAAAAGCACUACUAGUGUGAACUGCA